AUGGCCUCUUACACGGCUUACAGCGGUUACAGCAAACCACCUCAAUCUUACGCAGGCUCUUACUACGAUGAGAAGCAGGCCAAGACAUAUGCAGAUUAUCAAGAAUCUGUAUAUGAGGAAAAAAAGAGAAUUGAGAAGAAGGACCGUCGGGAUGCCAUCUGUUGUGAGGUAGUGGCCCUUGUCGUUGGUUUUAUUGGACUAAUCGGAGUGGCAGCCGUGACAGGCCUGCCGAUGUGGAAAGUAACAGCCUUCAUUGAGGAGAACAUCAUUGUCAUGGAGACCCGUUGGGAGGGUUUGUGGAUGAACUGCUACAGACAAGCCAACAUCAGGAUGCAGUGCAAGGUGUACGAUUCACUACUGUUUCUGCCCCCGGACCUCCAGGCUGCUAGGGGUCUGAUGUGCAGCUCAGUAGCCCUGUCUACCUUCGCCCUCAUCGUUUCAGCAGUGGGGAUGAAGUGUACCAAAGUGGUGGACCAUCGGGCUCGCACCAAGCAUAUUGUUCUUGUGGCUGGAGGCUGUCUGUUCCUCUUAGCCUGUCUUACUACCAUAAUCCCUGUAUCCUGGACCGGCCAUGUCAUCAUCAGGGAUUUCUACAACCCUCUGCUGAUCGAUGCCCAGCGCAGGGAGCUUGGGGAGGCUCUUUACAUCGGCUGGGCGACCUCAGCUUUGCUUUUCACUGCCGGAGUGAUCCUACUGUGCCGUCACGCUCCCCGCACCCAGGAAUCAGAUGAGAGGAUUGAAUACAACCCCAACGGAAAUAUCUACCAACCUGCAUACGGAUAUCAGCCUGCAUAUCAGCCUGCAUACACGUACCAGCCAUCUUACACCUACCAACCUCCCUACUCGGCACCCCCACCUGGAUCUGUAGCAUACACACCAAGUCAGUACUAGUGAGGAAAUUCAAGACAAAUUUUGGACUAUUUUCCUUUCUUUCUCUCUUUUUUACUUGCCAAGAUUUUUCACAUUUGAGUUU